CGGCGCUGCAGUUGGCAUUAGUCCACCCUUCCCACCCCUCCCUUCUAAUUUACGGAUGCCCCCUACCACCCCUACGCUGGCUCAGCUGUGAGCCACAACAACGACACCAAAAAUACACAUAGGUAUUGUGCGUGUUAACGAGGCUGAUCUAUGGCAGGAUAAACCCGUGCUUCUGCAAUGUUUUGGCACUCUGACAGAAAUAGUUCAAGUUCUCACCAGACAUCGUCAAGCAAAAUGGACGAUAAAGGCCCGCCUUUGUACGAAGAGGGAAACAAGUUUAACACUGCAGAAAUAGAGAUUGACAACUCUAGAGCUGUUUUAAAUAAUAUAUCAUUGUUGCACACUGACAGAGUUUUGUCUGAUGUUUGCCUCAUUGUUGGUGGUAAAGAGUAUCCUGCUCACCGUCUCAUACUUUGCGCCUCUAGUGAAGUAUUUAGAGUAAUGUUAACGAGUCCCCAGUGGAGUGAAUGUAAAGAAUCGCGGGUUAACCUAGGAGAGACUCCAGCUUGUGCCGAGGUUUUUGAUCGCUUCCUGCAGUAUUUUUAUACUGGCCAUAUAUGUGUUGAUGCUCAAAUAGUCAUGCCUAUUCUCACUCUUGCUGACAAAUAUAACUUAAAGGAUCUAACUGUAGUGUGCCAGAAAUAUAUGUAUCAACAUGUUCAAUAUGCAGCUACAACAAACCAGUUAGUUGCAUGGCACCAAUAUACUCAAACCUGCGGACACACUGAAGUAGCUAAGAAAUGUAAAGACUUCAUCAAGUGGAACCUACAGCUCAUUGCACAGACACCAGAUUUUGGGAAUUUUGAGCCAGACAUUCUGAUUGAUAUUCUUCAACAGGAUGAUAUUGUUGUAGUUGAUGAAAUGACAUUGCUGCAGUACGUAGUGCGAUGGGUUAAUUACCAAAGAUAUGCACUCUUUGCUGAAGCCGGUUAUAUUCUAGAUGAAGAAGAUGGAGAGAUUUGGGAUAUUGACCCUAAAACUCUGACUGAUGUCAAUAAUCAAAUAAAAGAUCUUGUUUGUCGUGUUAUUACUCAUAUUCGUUUUCCAAUGAUGUCACCAACUCAGCUAGCCAGCUUACUGAUUGAACCCUUAGUUCAAGAAUUUAAAGAGUUCUUUGUUCAACGCAUGGCUAUUGGCAUGUCUUAUCAUGCAGAUCAAAGAGAACGAAUAGAAGAUGUUUGCAUCAAUGAUGAAGCUGGAUGUUCCCUUUUUACCCCAAGAUUAUAUACAUCCGAGUGUUGGUCUAUGUUACUUCCAGUUGAAAACUAUUUACAUUUACCUCCCUAUCAGUUAAGAAGUCAUGUUUUCUCAUCUCAUACGGCACUUGCUGAUCACAAAGGACACAGAACAUGUGAAUGGGCUGUUGAUAUAUAUCCCAAAGGCGUUUGGUUUCAAAAGUUUUAUUCCAUUGUGUGGCAAGGAAUGGAAGAAGUUCCAGAAGUUGUUCUACGAACUGUGAGAGUCUCCAUAACAUGCAAGGAGCCGCCUCCAGAAGGCGAUAUGAGAGUAAAAGUUGGAAUACUUGUUCAUGGUAUGAGGAAUGACGUUGAACAUAUUAUGCAAACAGUCGUUUGCAUUCAUCGUUUUGAUAAUGACAACAAGGUUUUAAACUUAGAUGAUGUGGUUUCAUUUGACAAACUCAAUCGAGACUUAGCUUCCGGAGACUUUUCACCAAACCAUCCUUCAACUUCCAAAUCUUUUACACAAACUGGUAACUGCCACAGUCAGCAUCCAUCUCCAUAUCUUGUGGGUCCAAAUCGUGAUGUACUGAAAAUACAUGUUGUAAUAGCUCCAAUGGAACAGGUCUGUAACCCCUCCCUUCUUUUACGUCGAAAUAAGGUAAAAUCUAGCUAAGUUGUCUGCCCAAAGUUUUUGAAUAAAUUCAUGAGUAAAGCUCAAUGAUCUCCCUUCUCCUGGAUAGAUGAUAUUUUACUCUGUAUGCAUUCUUUCUUGAAGGGAGCCACCCUCUUUCCACAAGGUUAUAUUGAGGCAUUGUUAACAUGUCAACUUCCUACUCUUUUAGUGUUAAAUUUGGUUGUGUGCCAAAUAUCUUGCUAAAUUCUAUAUUUUUAAGCAUUCAUUCAUUUUACAGGCUGUUGUUAUUUAUCUUAAAUCAUUUCCAGAUAAGGAUUGAAGAUAAUGUAAUUUAUUUCGUACUGUAAUUGUGAGUAAUCUGUGAUCUUUUAACUGUCUCAAAUAUAUGUGUGUUGGAAAAUUAGUAUAAAUCAAGAAAAUUCUGGUUAACAUUUA